CCACGGCCAUCUGCUCAACGGCUCCUUACACUAGAUGGCGAUGUAUCACACGCAACUCAACGCAACACGAGAAGAACUACACUUAAAUCAACAUGGCGUCGUGCAGCAGGGCUCAAGUGAUCUCUCUCUACAGGAUGCUUAUGAAAGAGAGUAAAAAAUUUGCCUCAUAUAAUUACAGAACAUACGCACUUCGCAGAGUGAAAGAUGGCUUCAGGGAGAACCUUCAUGUUGACAACCCCAAAACCCUGGAUGUGCUCAUAAAUCAAGCUAGAGAGAAUCUGGCGGUCAUCAAGAGACAGGUUUCCAUUGGCCAUCUGUAUACCGCCCAGAAGACCAUUGUUGAAAAAGAGCCUUAUUUAUAAAUGUCUUCAGCAUCAAAAUGUCUGGUUUGUUAAUGACAAAUCUGUUUAUCCUGGGAGCUGCAACACUAGUCGACCAUCAUUGUAAAAUUGUAUAUUAGAGCAGUGGUUCUCAAACCUGUCCUGGGGACCCCCAGCCACCAUACAUUUUGUAUGUAUCUGUCAUAGGCCACACCCAUUUCAAUUCUUGCAGGCUCUACUAAUGAGCUGAUGAGUUGAAUCAGGUGUGUUGAAUGAGGGAAUCAAUUAAGAGAACAACUGCACACUCACUUAAGCAUAUUUACUGGCAUAUUUAAAUGAGGGAGGCAUACAAAAUAUGCUGUGGUUGGGGGUCCCCAGGACAUGUUUGAGAACCACUGUAUUAG